GUGUGCUAUGCCUUUAACGCCUGGCUACAGUAGACAUGUAUAGUGUGUAGUGUAGGGAAAGUCUAGGCGGGGUUAAAGUUCAGCUCAUGGAGCUGCUCAGCGCUCGCUGCAGUUUAGCAGAGUUGGAAAUGUGAAAGCAAGAAGCAGGCUAGGUUCUCCCCCCCCUCUUUCUCUCUCCCUCUCUCUCUCUCUUUUCCUCUCUCUCUCCCUUUCUCUCUCUCUCUCUCUCACUCUCUCUCUCACACACACACACCUCCAAACCACAAAACCCCCCACAGCAGUCAUGUAUUCUCCUCUCUGUCUCACCCAGGAUGAAUUUCAUCCAUUCAUUGAAGCACUUCUGCCUCACGUCCGAGCAUUUGCAUACACGUGGUUCAACCUGCAAGCCCGAAAACGAAAAUACUUCAAAAAACAUGAAAAACGUAUGUCAAAAGAGGAAGAGAGAGCAGUGAAGGACGAAUUGCUAAGCGAAAAACCUGAAGUCAAACAAAAAUGGGCAUCCAGACUUCUGGCAAAGCUCCGGAAAGAUAUCAGGCCUGAGUACCGAGAGGAUUUUGUUCUCACAGUCACAGGAAAAAAGCCUCCUUGUUGUGUUCUUUCCAAUCCAGACCAGAAGGGCAAGAUGAGAAGAAUUGACUGCCUACGCCAGGCAGAUAAGGUCUGGAGGUUGGACCUUGUUAUGGUGAUUUUAUUUAAAGGUAUUCCGCUCGAAAGUACUGAUGGCGAACGCCUUGUAAAGUCCCCACAGUGCUCUAACCCAGGGCUGUGCGUACAGCCACAUCAUAUAGGAGUUUCUGUUAAGGAACUCGAUUUAUAUUUGGCAUACUUUGUGCACGCAGCAGAUUCAAGUCAAUCUGAAAGUCCCAGCCAGCCAAGUGAAGCUGAUAUUAAGGACCAGCCAGAAAAUGGACAUUUGGGCUUCCAGGACAGUUUUGUCACAUCAGGUGUUUUCAGUGUGACUGAGCUAGUCAGAGUCUCACAGACACCAAUAGCUGCAGGAACAGGCCCAAAUUUCUCCCUCUCAGAUUUGGAAAGUUCUUCAUACUAUAGCAUGAGCCCAGGAGCAAUGAGGAGGUCUUUACCUAGCACAUCCUCUACCAGCUCUACAAAACGCCUCAAAUCUGUGGAGGAUGAAAUGGACAGUCCUGGUGAAGAGCCAUUUUAUACAAGCCAAGGCCGCUCUCCAGGAAGUGGCAGUCAGUCAAGUGGAUGGCAUGAAGUGGAGCCAGGAAUGCCAUCGCCAACCACAUUAAAGAAGUCAGAGAAGUCUGGUUUCAGCAGUCCCUCGCCUUCGCAGACCUCCUCCCUUGGAACGGCAUUCACACAGCAUCAUCGACCUGUCAUUACAGGACCCAGAGCAAGUCCGCAUGCAACACCAUCGACUCUUCAUUUUCCAACGUCACCCAUUAUUCAGCAGCCUGGGCCAUACUUCUCACACCCAGCAAUCCGCUAUCAUCCUCAGGAGACUCUGAAAGAGUUUGUCCAACUUGUCUGCCCGGAUGCUGGUCAGCAGGCUGGACAGGUGGGGUUCCUAAAUCCCAAUGGCAGCAGCCAAGGCAAGGUGCACAAUCCAUUCCUUCCUACCCCAAUGUUGCCACCACCGCCGCCGCCACCAAUGGCUAGGCCUGUGCCUCUGCCCGUGCCAGACACAAAACCUCCAACCACAUCGACAGAAGGAGGUGCCGCCUCUCCUACUUCACCAACCUACUCGACACCCAGCACCUCCCCCGCAAACCGAUUCGUCAGUGUUGGACCUCGGGAUCCAAGCUUUGUAAAUAUCCCUCAACAGACACAGUCCUGGUACCUGGGAUAAAAGUCACAGCUUCCUAUCACCCACCGGACAGACCACCUGACUCCUUCCCAACUCUGUAACAUGGAAGCAGCAGCAACACAGUGCAGUUACUUCACGUCAGUGGAAGGAGAGAUGAACAGAUAUCGACAGCAAACAACUAGUACAUGGAAAUGGCAAAUGUUAUGGUCAAUGGCAAAGGCCAUAACUUUUUUGAGAUUUUUUUUAGACACCUUCGGGACUGUUGUGAUUUCUCAUAUGGUGCUGGAAAUGGUUGGGCUUUGUAAUUUUUGAAGUGUUUCAUUGGUAGUGUAAGUAUUAGGUGACACUGGGUAGAACUAGCCUCUGCUGCUGCUUACUGACUCGCUGUUGUAACACACUUUCCAUAUGGAGCCUAACUGUUUUACAGCAUUUUCAUUGAUUUUUUUUUUCCCAUGCAGGUGUGAGACUUCUUGAGAAAUCAUGAAACACACUUAACCUGUAACUUUUGUAGUAGCUGAAUUCUGCAAUAUAUAAACGUACAGGACAGACAUGGGGCAUGUUUUUCUGUAACGGAUUGGGGAAAAUGCAGUUUUUUGUUUUGUUGGGUUUUUUUUUUACAGUCAGAUAUAGUUAGAUACAUAACAUGAAAAAUCUGAGCAUUGUCAACAGGUUUUUUUCCACUCAAAUUGCAGAGUGAUUUAAAACAUCAAACUACUACUAUUCACUAAAAAAAAAAAGAAAAAAAGAAAAAAAAGAAAAAAGUUUGAAAUGCUGCACUUACAUAACAUUUUUUCAACAAUUUUCAACAAUUACACAAAAAUUCAUGCAGAAAUGGGGAAGUUGGUCUGUUUUGACAGAAACUGACAGGAAUCAAAACAAUCGAAUUUUGAAUUGAGUAAAGUGCAAUUUCAUUGGAUAGCUAAAUAUCUUUGUAAGAUAGAGAUUGUUGAAAAUUCUAUUUUUGUUUUCCAAGUCCUUCCACCCCAGGACUCUAAAGUAUUGGGGUAAAAAACAGCCUUGCAAGAAAAAGGGGAGCUAUUUUUGCUUUUUAUGUUUUUUAUUGUUAAACUUGUAUCCCUUUAAAACUGAAGGAAAAUUAAAAAAAAAAUCUAAUGGUGCUUUUACCACAAUAUGUUAACUACAUUAAAUGCUAAUUAAUCAUUUUCUGUUAUCAAAGCACAUAACUAAAAUUAAAUCAUAAUAUCUGUUAAUUUUAUAAGCUAAAAGUCACUAUAAUGGAUUAUGCCAAUUCUGACAAAUUUUACGUCUUUCCGGCAAUAUAGGGUUUAUCAGUUCUCAGACACCUUGGGAAUCAUGUAGAACGGUCCAGAAAUUAAAACAUCUUUGUGUCCCUGAACUGGUACUUUUUCUGGACUACAAAGAAAACAAUACAAAAAUGAAUGCUGAUGUGACAACUUACGCCAGUUCAAAGCAAGGGCACUUGCUGAAAAAAAAAAAAAAAAGUUUGGACCCCAAACGUCCUGUAUCUUAUGUACAAAAAAAAAAAGAAAAAAAAAGAAAAAAAAAAGAGUGCAAGUGAUUUUUCCUAUCAGACAGCGGAGCAUCCCUUUGCUUCACAUGUGACUUUAAGAAGGUUUCCUAUACUAUACAUAUAUAUACGUUCUGGUUGGCAAGUCCAGCUAAUCAGAGAAAGUCUCUGCAUGUUCUAGUGUUAGUAACUAAUUUUUAUAUAGUUAAUGUAGGGUAAAGUAGAGUGCAUUAAGACACAAUAUUGUAAUCCCUAUUCCAGGCACUUGCCUUUAAACUAUGUUUGUACGGCCCUUCAGAAGGGUUUCUACUACUGUCCUAUACAAUCAAGUAACUGAAAUUCUUGGGAAGACACUUUGCUCCUCAUCUUUUCCCUGAAACAAUGUUUUUUUUUUCUUAAUUUGCACGAAACAAAAAAAAAACAAAAACAAAAAAUUCCAUAUCAAUGUGCCUUGCCCUGGAUAGCGAUUAUUUGUGGAAUUGUUGCACAUGUUCCUAUAUUGAAAGGGGUUUUUCCCUAGUCAAGCAUUUGGAGACACUUUUUGUAAAUGUGACUUUUAUGUCAGCCAUUGUCAGUUUCAACAUCUAGAAUUAAAUAGAAUGUUAGUUGUUCCGCAGAUAGGAGUAGUGUUUAUUGUCCUGUAUGGUCAGUGGCAGUGCUAUUCUGAGAUCUGUAGAUGCUAGAUUAUCAGUAUUUUUGGAUGUUGCUGCAUUUUACAUUUUAUUUGGAGUCUUCCUUUUGUUUUGUUUUUCCCAGAUAUAUGAAAAUAUGCAAUACCUGCUUAUAUCAUGUAGAAAAGCUUAGCAAUUAUUAAUUUUUCUUUUAAUUUUUUUUUAUUUGACCAAAGUUGGUGCUGCACUUGACGCAGUGUGUUUUAGGUGUUUGUCUUUGUACUUAUGUGAUUUUGAAUGCACAUGCAGGAAGGGCUCUUCUUAGAGAAGCAGUCAAACUGUGAAGCACUAAGCUGAACCCUGCUUCAAGCAAUUUUUGUUUUACAAUUGUUCCUUUCACAAGCAAGCCUUAAAAAAAAAAACAAAAAAAACCCUUCCUUUUUCUUCAGAUCCCACACCCAUUUUUAUUAGCAGACUGCAAUCAAGCCACAUUCAACAAAAGUAUAUAAUGCCCAUUUUUAUAUGCACGUUUUUAAACUUCCAAGUUCUGAAAAUUGUUUACUGGUUAUUCUCUAUUUAAGGAAAAAAAUAAAAUGUUUUGGAUUUUCA